AAACAGAGUGAAGAAAUGAACAGAACAGAAGGACAAAUGCAGGAGCGAGGGUACUGGGGCAGUAAAGCUGAGUAUCUUCUGGCUGUGGCCGGGAAUGUGGUUGGUCUUGGUAACGUGUGGAGGUUUCCUUACCUCUGCUACAAGAAUGGAGGAGGGGCGUUCCUGAUACCCUACAUGGUAUUUGUGAUUACCUGUGGGAUGCCUCUGUUCCUGCUAGAAACCGCUAUGGGACAGUACACACAGGAAGGGGUUAUUACAUGUUGGCGUUCCCUUUGUCCACUAGCUGAAGGUAUUGGCUAUGCAGGACAGCUGACAUUGCUGUACAACUGCACAUAUUACAUCAUCAUUCUGGCCUGGGCGCUUUUCUACCUCUUCUUCUCUUUUAGUUCCCAACUUCCAUGGGCCAGCUGUAACAACACCUGGAACACAGAUGACUGUCUAAAUCAUGCUGAAACAAAUUUGACCCUCAACUGGACAACACUGAUUCAUUCUACACCUGCAGCUACUGAAUUCUGGGAACGCAGAGUGCUGUCUCUCUCUGGAGGUAUUGAGGAGGUCGGUAAGAUCAACUGGGAAAUUCUUCUGUGUCUCAUUACAAUGUGGAUCAUAUGUUAUUUCUCCAUCUGGAAAGGAGUCAAAUCUACAGGCAAGGUGGUGUAUUUCACAGCCACAUUUCCUUACGUGAUGCUGCUUGUGUUGCUGAUUCGUGGGUUGACUCUCCCUGGAGCUCUGCAGGGGGUUGUGUUUUACCUGUACCCUGAACCGGCCCGUCUCUCUGAUCCACAGGUUUGGAUGGAGGCAGGAACUCAGAUCUUUUUCUCAUACAGUGUGUGUUUUGGCACUCUUAUUUCACUAGGCAGUUAUAAUCAAUACAACAACAACUGCUACAGGGACUCUUUGUGGCUCUGCCUUCUAAACAGUGCCACCAGUUUAGUGGCUGGUUUUGCUGUGUUCUCAGUCCUGGGGUUCAUGGCUAAUGCACAGGGCGUCCCCAUUGAGGAGGUAGCAGAAUCAGGUCCAGGACUAGCGUUCAUAGCUUAUCCACAGGCAGUAGCUAUGAUGCCUCUUCCUCAGUUGUGGGCUGUUUGUUUCUUCAUCAUGAUUAUUUUGUUGGGCCUAGAUACACAGUUUGUUGGAAUGGAUUGUAUAAUUACAUCAGUGAUGGAUAUGUUCCCCGCGGUGCUGCGCAGAGCUGGUCGUCGAGAAAUGAUUCUGCUGGUCUUCUGUCUCACUUGCUUCCUUGGACAACUCAUCAUGGUUACAGAGGGGGGGAUGUAUGUAUUCCAAUUGCUAGACAACUAUGCCUGUAAUGGAGCCUGUAUUCUCCUGCUAUCUGUGUUUGAGUCUCUGGCCAUGGGUUGGAUCUUUGGGGCUGAGAGGAUGUUUAACAUCAUUGAAGACAUGACAAAUUCACGGCCCAAUUAUAUAUUCAUACUGUGCUGGAAAUACCUGACUCCUCUCGUAUCCCUGGUGUCUUUUGUCUGUUCUGUGGUCAAGUACAAGCCCCUCACUUUUAACCGUUGGUAUGUGUACCCAGACUGGGCAUACAUACUAGGCUGGUUACUGGCCCUGUCUUCCAUUCUGCUGGUGCCUGUAUGGGUGCUAGGCCAAAUGUGUGCUGGGAAAGGAAGCCUAAAACAGCGUUGGCGCCGCUUGUGUAGUCCUGACAAAAACCUUCCUCUUUGUAAGCAACAAGCUAAAAUCCAGGCAAAAACUUUCCCCGCAGAGGUGGAAGACUUAGUUCAGAGCAACACAAACUAA